AAUGGGCCACGUAAGCGUUUGAUAUGAACCCAAAGCCUGUGUUUCUUCCAGCUUCUACACACUCACAUUGAAUCUUGCAAGUGCGGCUCUGCUGUCAGCUGCGCCACUGUCAGAGAGACCACGACCCACCCACUCCUUCCUCUCCUUCCUUUGGCGGCAGCGGCGGCGUUUUCUCCCCUCCUCCGUAAGGUUUGGUGCAUUUAUCCUGACUCAUUAUGGCUAAUGGUCCAGCGCUGUAUCCUGAGAUUGGCAAAAGGGCAAGAGACCUCUUGUACAAGGAUUAUAACUUUGAUCAAAAGUUUAACCUGUCAAUUCCAAGCUCCACUGGAUUGGGCCUUAUAGCUACAGGGUUGAAGAAGGAUCAAAUUUUCAUUGGUGACAUAAAUACGCUUUACAAGAGUGGGAAUCUUACUGUGGAUGUGAAAGUUGAUACAUACUCUAAUGUAUCCACAAAAGUGACUUUGAAUGAUAUCUUCCGUUGUAAAAAAGUAGCUUUGAGCUUCAAUAUACCUGAUCACAAGUCAGGAAAGCUGGAUGUGCAGUAUCUUCAUCCUCAUGCAGCCAUUGAUUCGAGUAUUGGCUUGAAUCCAUCCCCUCAAUUGGAGCUUUCAACUGCAAUUGGCAGCAAAGAUCUUUGUAUGGGUGCUGAAGUUGGAUUCAAUACAACUUCUGCUUCGUUCACAAAAUAUAAUGCUGGAAUUACCUUCAAUAGACCAGAUUUCUCUGCAGCGCUCAUGCUGGUUGAUAAAGGAAAGUCCCUGAAAGCAUCUUACAUUCAUCAUGUGGAUCGCCCUGAUGGAUUUACAGUUGCUGCUGAAAUCAAUCACAGGUUUUCCUCCUUUGAGAACAGAUUUACAAUUGGGAGCUCACAGUUAAUAGAUCCAAACACAGUUCUCAAGACUCGAUUCAGCGAUGAUGGCAAAGCCGCCUUCCUAUGCCAACGAGCAUGGAGGCCGAAAUCACUUAUAACCCUCUCUGCUGAAUAUGACUCCACCAAGAUCUUUGGUUCAUCCACCAAGCUCGGUCUUGCCCUCGCUCUCCAGCCUUAACCUGGUCUUCCAAUUAAAAUCUCAUUAUUCGCUGACAUUCACUUUUGCAAUCAUCAUUAUACAUUGUUUCCAGAACCCAUGAUGGGUUGUUUUAAAGCCUUGUCAUAAAGGUAAAACCAAAGGAAUUAGUAACAUUUGUGAAAUCUGCUAAAGUGGCAGGGAGAAAGAGGACCCAGUUUUGAAAUACUUACAUAAUGGCUAGAGGUUUUUUAGCUAAUUCAUAACAUUUGAUUGUGGCCAAAUUGUAUUAUUUGAUAGUGACUCAUGGUCAGGUCGGUAGAUUGCGGAUGCCUGAGGUAUAAUUUCAUCAUUUGUGGGUCUAAUA